AUGAAGAUCACUGGGGUCCUCCUUCUGCUCUGUACAAUGAUCCAUAUCUGCAGUUGCUCAGAAGCUGCUGGUCAGUCUUUAACAAAGGUGGACUGCAGCAUUUACAAGAAGUACCCACUGGUGGCCAUCCCCUGCCCCAUCACAUACCUGCCUGUUUGUGGGUCUGACUACAUCACCUACGGGAACGAAUGCCACUUGUGUAUUGAGAACUUGUGA